UUUGGAUUAGCAAUUAACCAACGCCACCUAAGAAGAACAAUGAUGAGGUUGAGCAUCUUGGGAAUAGCAUUGAGUUCCAAUUCCUAUUAUUGCGCAUCCCUUUCCCUCAUUCCACCCAUCUCCACUUCUUCUUCAUCUUCUUCUCUCUCAUGCUCCAAGAAGUUCACUCCUUCAGCUUCAGGAAAGUUUGUAACAGGGAAGAGGAAUUUAGUUUUACGCGGGCAAAGUGUUGGCUUUGAGAGUGAGCUCAAACCAGGUGAUUUGAUGGAAUCGGUGAAGGAAUUCCCGGAAUUCAACCGAAACCUUUACCCGAAUAUAGAGCCGUACAGUUCUGGGUUUCUGAAGGUUUCGGAUAUUCAUACAAUCUAUUGGGAGGAGUCUGGAAAUCCAAAUGGGCAUCCUGUAGUCUUUCUUCAUGGGGGUCCAGGAGGAGGAACUGCACCAAGUAAUCGCAAAUUCUUUGAUCCUGAUUUUUUCAGAAUCAUUCUAUUUGAUCAGCGAGGUGCUGGGAAAAGUACCCCACAUGCUUGCUUGGUAGAAAAUACCACAUGGGAUCUAAUUAGUGACAUUGAAAAGCUCAGGGAACACUUGGAAAUUCCAGAAUGGCAGGUUUUUGGUGGGUCAUGGGGUAGUACACUUGCUCUUGCAUAUAGCCAAUCACACCCUGAUAAGGUUACUGGCAUGGUUCUUAGAGGGAUUUUUCUUUUGAGAAAGAAAGAGAUUGAUUGGUUUUAUGAGGGUGGUGCUGCUUCCAUAUUUCCUGACGCUUGGGAGCCAUUUCGAGAUCUUAUUCCAGAAAAUGAGAGGGAAAGUUUUGUCGAUGCCUACGGGAAGAGAUUAAACUCCGAUGAUCAGGAAGUACAAUAUGCAGCUGCUAGAGCAUGGACCAUGUGGGAAAUGAUGACUGCCCAUCUUUUUCCAAAUAAUGAUAACAUCAAGAGAGGAGAGGACGAUAAGUUUUCAUUGGCAUUUGCAAGGAUUGAAAAUCAUUACUUUGUGAACAGAGGAUUUUUCCCUUCAGAUGGGUUCCUGUUAGAUAACAUUGAUAAGAUAAGGCAUAUAAAAACUACAAUCGUACAGGGAAGAUAUGAUGUUUGCUGCCCCAUGAUGUCAGCUUGGGAUCUUCAUAAAGCAUGGCCAGAAGCUGAUCUCAAGGUUAUUCAAGAUGCAGGGCAUUCUGCUAAUGAACCAGGAAUAGCUGCAGAACUUGUGGCUGCAAAUGAGAAGCUGAAACACAUAAAGAAAGGAGCAUAGGAAAACAAAGACAAGACUACAUAUCAGAGAAUAAGCCAGAGUCUUCCCCUGUGGUGGGUGUAGACUCCGGUCAGAAAGCGUGAAUUCAUCUUCACAAGGAAUUCAGACAUCCACAAAGAAGCCAAACAAGUCCGUUCCGGCUUAAUGCAAAUAAUUGCUAAUGGAAGUGUUGGAAUAUUGUAUCAGUUUAGUGUUCCCCUUUGUAUCAAAGCUGUUUGGCGGGGAAUUGGAUGAGGACUGUUGAAUAUGUAGACAUUCUGUUUGAUAUGCUCAUAAAUUUGUUUUCCUCUAAAUUGAAACUCUACCUUUCAUUUCUCA